AUGGAAAGUAAUCAUUAAUUUAUUACUUUAGAGAUUUUACAAACGAAUAAGAUGAAGAAUUUAUAUAUGGAGCCAAUAAGAUACGGAUGGCAUAGUCUAAAAGCAAAAAAAGUAUUUUUAAGUAUCUCAUUCAUUUAGAAAUGGUAGCUAAAUUCUAGAAUUAUUUAGACAAAGUAAUUCUAAAUUGUUGUCUUAAAAAAAAAUGCUGAUCUUAAUCUAAUUUAUUAUAAUAUUAUUUAAGGUAUUAUUUAAUUUAUUUUGGGUAUAAGAUUAUUAAAAAAAAAGAAUAGUUUUGGAUGA